CCUGGAAGCACCUGGCAGAGGAAAACACCGGGUCCUGGAAGCACCUGGCAGCGGGAAACGCCGGGUCUCGGAGCCGCCCACCCGUCCCGGGAAUAACGCCGGGUCCUGGUGCCACCCUCCGGCCCCGCACCUGAACUGGAGGGGCUGUGACAGGGACCAGUCAGGGACUGGCACUGGGGACAUUGGGAAUGGCAUGGGUAGGACCCCAUGCGUGCUGGGACCAGUCAGGGACUGGAACUGGGGACACUGGGAAUGGCAUGGUUGGGACACCACGUGUGCUGGGACCAGUAAGGACUGGUACUGGGCGUGCUGGGAGAAGCGGGAUGGCCACGGGAAACCCCCCGAGGGACGGGCCCGGGCGGGCUCCAUUACCCAGCCCGGAAUUUUCCUUUGGCUGCGCCGAGGAUUUGGGAGAUUUGAGCUGGAGCAGAGCGAGGAUUAAUGGGGAUUAUUGGGAUAUUAGCUGGAAUAUUAACCGCUUUACACGGGAUGAGGUCUCCGGGGCGCGAACACCCAUCAGCCCCAAAUUAAAGGGCUAAUGAGCUGCAAUGGAGUGUGAGGGGAAACUGAGGCACCGACUGGAGCCAACCCUCGGCCCCCCGGGGCUUUUCCGAGCUCACUUCGCAGCCGUGGCUCUCGCCCAUUCCGUUUCCUGCCGCGGAGGUUUCGCUCUUCGCUCAAAACCCGAGGGGGGGAAAUUCCCUCGCCCAAAUUCGCCGCUGCCUCUCAGGCGGCUGCCACCCUCAGCUCGGGCAGGGCCAGGACGGUCCCCAACCCGGUGCUCCUUCGCCAUCCUCUGCCCUGCCCAGGUGCGAUGGAGGUGGAGGAGGUGUUCCUGCAGCUCUGGGGGGAGGUGGCCAGGCUGCGGGAGCUGUGCUCGGAGCAGGGGAGGCUCCUCCGGAGGCUGAGGGCCAGGAAGGGACCGGUCCUGGACAUCCCGGUGUCGCUGCCUAUCCAGUGCACGGAGGGUGCAGACGCAGGGGACGGGCCAAGGUCACCUGAGAGCCGCCAAAACCACCCAGGGGCUCCGACAUCCCACACAUCCCACCUGGACCAGCCCAUGGAACAGCCCCAGGCCGCCAGCAGGUUUUCCCCGAGCCCUGGGAGCAGCGCUGGAACCGGAGGAACGGCGGCUCUGGGGAGCACCGAGGGGGAGAAGGGGGAUUUUCCCUCCUGGAUGAGACCCUGGAUCCUCUCUGUCCCCUGGGGAGGAGGCGGCGCUCCCUGCAGCCCUCGGGAGCUGGAGAUGCUAAAUCCGGGGCCUGGGGGCUCCUCCCCAAAUCCUCUGGAUCUCUCCGAAGCCCCGGAGGUGCCUGAGAGGGAAGGUGCUCCCAGGGACGUGGCGCUCCCUGGGGAGGCUCUGGUGGAGAUCCGAGGGCCUGUGAAGACGUGCUGGACUCCGGGCUGGGCGCUGGAGGAGGAGACCCUGGGGCCUGAGGCUGCUGCAGGCUGUGACCUGUGCCAGGAGAUUCUCCCCUCGGACACAGCAGGAUACGCGGAAUAUCUGAGCCACCUCCUGGCCCAUCUGGAGUAGGACUCGUCCUCCCGCCAGGAAAUCCGUGGAUUUGCACCUUGGCCUGACUCUGGAUGUUCCCAAGCUGGAGUUUUUGGCCUCGAGGGACUCUUCCAGCCCCAGGAUUCUGUGCCUGGUGUGGAUCCUGGGGUCCUGCUGCUGCUGUGGACCUGGAGCAGUUUCCAGGUGUGGAAAUGAUCUCCCAGACCUGGAACACCCCGGGGGUGUUUUGGGUUCUUGAUCUCCGUGGAUGCUGAAGCCGAUCCCCUCCUGGGGUCUGGAGGGGUGAGGGGGAGCUGCAGCUCCUGGGAAAAGGGAAUUCCUCAAAAUUCACCUUUGAGUGGAAAUGAACCUUCCAUAAAUAGUUAGGGAUGUUUGGGAAGGCACAAUGGCUUUUCCUGAGAAUUUGGAAGGCUGGGUGGGAGAAUCUCAAGGUUUUUGGGGUCACUAAGAAUAAUUUUAAUUCAUUAACAGUAAUUUGAGUGUUUUAAAGCAUUUCCAUCAGUGGUAUCCAAAGUGUUUCCCCAAGGAAUUCACUGCAGCACUGGGGAAAUCGAGGCACAAAGCAUCAGCUCCAAAUCCCUUUUUUUUUUUCUUUUGGAAAAAUCUCAUCUCAGGCCUUUCUAUUUUGCAAGUUUCUCCCAAAGUGGAUUUGGCAUCUCCUGUU